AUGUCGGAGACCAAGCCCGUGCGUGGCUAUAUCGAUGGAUGCUUCGAUAUCAUGCACUCUGGGCACUACAAUGCCAUACGGCAAGCCAAAAGCAUCUGUGAUGUGCUUGUUGUGGGCAUCCACUCCGAUCAGGAGAUUGCCGACAACAAGUCUGUCCCAGUCAUGAAGCAAGAUGAGCGGUACUGUCUUUUGGAUCACAUUAAGUGGAUUGAUGAGAUCCUGUACGACGUUCCGUACUCACCAGAGAUCGCCACACUGGAACGCGCUCGUGCCGACUUUUGUAUUCACGGAGACGACAUGCCGGUCAACGCUCAGGGGGUUUGUGCAUAUGACGAGAUGCGCGAUGCAGGACGCCUUCGCAUCAUCAAGCGCACGGAGGGCGUGUCUACCACGGACCUUAUUGGCCGACUCCUGACCUUGUCACGCAACCAGCCAGCUGACUUUGCUGGCCAGCAGUCGCCCAACAUGGGUUACCGGAUCAGCUCGGAGGCCGCAAUUGAGCAGUGCAUGAUGCCGACGGCCCAUGUAGAUCUCUCUGAGACCCUCCGGGAAGCUCUGCUUGCUGUGGACCAGCUCAGUGAGAGCUACAAGGUGAGCGAGGAGGACCGUCGAUCCCUCAAAGAAAAGAUCACGGCGGCAGCUGUGCCGGAGCCGACUGGCAGCACGCGCUCUGAAGAAGGCCUGCCAGCAGCCCAACCUGCUGGCUAUCAGCAGCGGACUAAAGCUCCUGUGCAGCUGUUGGCCAGCACUCGGCGGAUUCGGGAGUUUUCCACAGCAAAGCAACCAACCUCGGAGGACAGGGUCGUCUAUGCCUGCGGCUCUUUUGACAUGUUCCAUGUUGGCCAUGCCGAGUUCCUCAAGGAGGCCCGCUCUCUCGGAACCUUCCUCCUAGUCGGCAUCUACGACGACGCAAGCAUCAGCCGAGCACGUGGACAGAAUCUUCCAGUCAUGAACUUGAACGAGCGGGUGCUGAACGUCUGUGCCUGCAAGUGGGUCGAUGAAGUCAUCAUUGGCGCCCCGAGGUAUAUUACGGAGGAUCUCAUCAAGACCUGGGACAUCCAUGUCGUAGCUCGCGGCUCGGGCCACCUGCGCAUAACGGGCUCUAUGCAAAGCGAGCGGUUCGAGGUGGCCCAAGGCAAAGGGAUUUUCCGUGAGAUCGCCUCGAAGUGGCCGGAGCUCUGUCACGACACCGUGGUCGAGCGCAUCAUCCAUGGUCGUGAGACUUACCUCGCUCGCAACAAGGAUCGGGCCAAGCGCGAGGAUGUGUACUACGAUGCGAAGAAGCCCAGCAACUCUCCUGCCGAAGCCUAG